UCGCGAACGUUGAGCAGGUUGGACGUGCGUCGCGUCGUUGUCGGUUUUGUUCAGUUCUCGUGUGUUUCGUUUUCAUUUGGAGCCAGAGUUAAGAGCUCCCCACAACAUCAAAGUCGCGCUCUUGUGUUUAUGUGCGUGUGUGUGCAAAUGUGUGUGUGUGUGAGUUUCAACAAGUGUUUCGAGAUUUCGAGUGCGAAGCAAAUAAACGCAGCAACAGACCAAGAAGAAGUAAAUGACAACAAGAGCAACAAGUGUGAAGAGUGUAAUUAGCAUGAAGCUCGCUCUUAUCAGAAAUUACAGCACACAGGCUAUUUAAAUAAUAUAAACUUGCUGAACCAUAAAACUAACGGUCGAAAAUAGUAAAAGCCACAAAGAACCAGAAAAGUGAGCAGCAAUAAAAACGCAAACAAAUUAUAAAAGAAAAAAAAAAACAGUUUAACAAUUGCGAAAAACACAACUGACGAAUUUUCACAACAACUUUAAGCUAACGGAUUUUCAAAGCAAUUUUUGGCAAAUUUUACGCUCAGCUGCGUAAUUUUGGGAAACGUUCCAUUUCGGCGCCAAUAUAACAACAAUAAAGAAACAACAAGCGCUUAACAACAGCAGCAGCAGCAACAUUGACUACAACAAUUGACUUAGCAUGCGUCUGUUUAAAACGCGCAAAUCUACAGAUACAUAUAGCACACUAGCCGCCGCACAGCAACAGAGCAGCAGCAACAGCUGCGAGCGCAACAACAGCAACAGCCACAACUACAAGCCGCUGGCAACAUGCAGCAGCAAACUGAGCAUUGUCAACAGCACAGCCAUUUCAACGUCCUUGCCUGAUUUGCAUGAGAAUACGCACGUCAUGAUACUCAGCUGCACCACACUUGCCAGCAAUGGCAGCAGCAGCACAGCAACAGCCACAGUUGCUGCAGCAGCAGCAACAACAACAGCUACAGCCGCAGCGCAGCCGUUGCGCACAGCCACGCCUACAUGCCUGCUAAGUGGGCGACAAACACCCUCAGCAAUUUCAAUGCUAUCGCUGCAAGAGGCCAACAGCUUACACCGACAACAGCAGCAGCAGCAACAGCAACAUGCAACAAUUUAUGUGCCCAACAAACUGAGCAACAAUUUAAAUAGCUCAACAUUGCUGCUAAGCUAUGGCAGCAGCAGCGAUAUUGCUGCGCAGCAACAACAACAACAGCAGCAACACUAUCAGCAAUAUGUAGCACAGCGGCUGCACGCCAGCAACUCUGCCUCCAAUAGUUGCCUCUAUGAAAAGUUAAAUGACAGCAGCCACAUUUCACUAACACCAAAUGGUCACAUGCCCGAUUAUAAAUUGGUUACAGCUGUGCCCGUCGUGGUGCUGGAUGAUGAACAAAAAUUGGCAGCAACAGCUGCAACACCAACAGCCACAGCAACAGUUGCUGAGCCCAAAGGCGGCGACGCUGGUGGCGGCAGCAACGCUGGAAAUGGUGCCUCCUUGGCCAGCACCACACGCAAUGUCUUCACCUGGGGCAAGCGCAUGAGCCGCAAACUGGAUUUGCUCAAACGCAGCGAAUCGCCCAGCAACACACACAAGUCGCACACAGAUCUGCGCAGUCUCUUUCACUCGCCAACGCAUCACAAGUCCAGCAACAAUGCCAAGAGCUCACCCUCGCCCACAAGCGGGCCAACUGCUGCCUAUCAAACCAGCACGCUCAAGAAAUGCAAAUCAGGACCCAUUGAAACCAUUAAGCAGCGUCAGCAGCAACAGCAGCAGCAACAAAACCAACAGCAACAGCAGCAGCAACAACAACAUCAACAGUUUUCACAGACAGGCAGCCAGAGUGCGCAGUCGACGCCCACGCAUCAGUAUCAGCCAGCGGCACGCCCACAAAAGGCUCUGAAGAACUUCUUCCAUCGCAUUGGCUCCACUGGCAUGCUGAAUCAUCGCUCCCACAAUCUGCUCAAGGCGUCGGAAGCAGCGCAGCAGGCAACGCCAACAACCCAGACGCUAUAUCGCAGCAGCAGCACUAGCCAGCUGUCCAGUAGCUCCUACAUCAAGUGCGAUGAUCCUACCGAAGGCCUCAAUCUGCACAGCCAACAGCAACGCCAGCAGCAGCUGCAUCAGCAGCAGCAGCAACAACAGCAGCAACGUUUACCGCGCAUGUCAAGCCUCAAGUCGAGCAGCUGCGAUGACAUUGCCAAGGUGAGCAGUUGUCUGACCGCCAGCAGCAGCAAUGGCAGCAACACAACCAGCAGUCUGGGCUCGCCUCCAAAUGGUGCUCCAGCACAGCAGGAUGCCACACGCCGUGGCGCCUUUCCCUAUGCAUUCCUGCGGUCACGCUUGUCUGUGCUGCCCGAGGAGCAGGGCGGCGCCUUGCGCCAGCGCGAGGCAGCAGCCGCCAUAGCAGCAGCCACGCAGUCGCAGUCACCACUGACGCAGCGACGCUCGCCGGAGCGCAACGACAGCAUCUCGUCCAAGGACUGGGAACCACUUUACCAAAGAUUAAGUAGUUGUCUGAGUUCAAACGAGUCGGGCUAUGAUAGCGAUGGAGGCGGCGGAGGCGCAGGUGCCCGAAUGGGCAAUAAUCUUAGCAUCUCCGGCGGAGAUACAGAAUCUAUUGCCUCGGGCACGCUUAAGCGCAACUCCCUAAUCUCGCUAAGCUCCUCCGAGGGCCUGGGCAUGGGCUCAAUGCGCAACAGCAGCAUUUGCAGUGCGCCUGUCAGUCUGGGUGGCUACAACUAUGACUAUGAAACGGAGACCAUUAGACGCCGCUUUCGUCAGUUGAAGCUGGAGCGCAAAUGCCAAGAGGACUACAUUGGUCUGGUGCUGUCGCCUAAAAUGGUCAUCACCAACAACAAUGAGCAGCAGUAUCGCUAUCUAAUUGUGGAACUGGAACCCUAUGGCAUGGCACAAAAAGAUGGGCGCCUGCGUCUGGGCGAUGAGAUUGUCAAUGUGAAUGGCAAGCAUUUGCGUGGCAUACAAUCCUUUGCUGAGGUGCAGCGUCUGCUUAGCAGCUUUGUGGAGAACUGCAUCGAUUUGGUUAUAGCGCACGACGAGAUUGCCACUGUCACCGAUUUCUACACCAAAAUACGCAUCGAUGGCGUCAGCACUCAACGGCAGCUGCAACGUCUUAGCUAUGCACAGCGCACAGACAGCCUGAGCAGCCUGCAGAGCCUGCAAUUGCAGACGGAACGGGAACAGGAGCAACUGGAAGCUGGUGAGGAUCAGUGCGAUGCACGCUCGUUGGCCAGCGUUAGUACGCUGCCCACGCCUAUGCCGCUGAUGCAGCAUAGACGCAGCUCCACGCCACGCCACUCGCUGGACGUGAGUGCGCCGGAGCAUGAGCUGCUGCGACGACGUGCGCGCAGCUCGUCCGGACAGCGUAGUCUGGCUCUAACACCCACACCGCUCUUUAACCCAACACCACCACCAAAUAAUAAGAAUGACAACAAUGAAUCCUAUACGCCCGUGUAUGCGAAUCGAGCGGCUAGCAUUUGUGCUGCCUCCUCGUUGGCGGAUGAUGAGAAAUGGCAGCUGUUGGCACGCAAGCGCUGCUCCGAAGGCGCCGCUUUGUCCACGAGCAGUGGCAGCCAACAGCAGCAGCAGCAGUUUGGUCAGCGCACUCAUUAUGCGCGUAACUCCAUUAAUUUAACCAACUCGCAUUAUCGCUCGCUGAGAUUUGCGCAUUCGCGUCUCAGCUCCUCCAGGCUGAGUCUGUUUAUGCAGACGCCGGCAGCCGCUAACAAUAAUACAACAGCAAUAAGUACUGACAACACCCAAACAACAACAGCAACAACUACUGAUCUCACUAACAACACCAUGCCACAACAGCAGCAGCAGCAGCAGCAACAACAACAACACCAAUCAUUAUACAUCAAGCACACGCCAAAGAGCGUCUCAUUGUUUACGCCAAAUCCAUUUAAUAAUGCCUCAUCCUCAUCAGCAACGGCAGCCAGCUCCUUGGCUCCGCCCGCCGCCUCUCUAAUGCAUCAUCGGCCUUCGUUGCCUGUGGCCAAAUUAACAAUACGCGACGAGGAAAUGGCUGAGGUCAUACGCGCCUCCAUGAGUGAGGGCUCGGGACGCAGCACGCCCAAGACCAUUACCUUUUUCAAGGGACAGGGCAUGAAGUCUCUAGGCUUCAGCAUUGUGGGUGGACGGGAUUCGCCCAAGGGCAACAUGGGCAUAUUUGUGAAAACAGUUUUUCCAUCCGGACAGGCGGCCGACGAUGGCACGCUCCAAGCAGGUGAUGAAAUCGUUGAGAUCAAUGGCAAUUCAGUGCAGGGCAUGAGCCAUGCCGAGACCAUUGGACUCUUCAAGAAUGUGCGCGAAGGAACUAUAGUGCUCCAGAUUCUGCGUAGAAAGCUACAAAAGGCAAAGUCUAUGGGCACAUAAGGUUAGCAGUUGGUGUAUAUAUACAUAAGUCUAUUGACUUCUACAAAUUUGUUAGCGCUAAUUUUUAAUGAAUUGUUAAUUGUUUAUAACUAAUUCGACACACAAUUCGUUUAAGCUAUGUCAAACAAAAUGUACAAAUUCUAUAUUAGAAAUUUAAGCAAUUUUUUGUAAACGUACAAAGCACUCGACUUACACAGAUAAAGCAAAUAACUAUAU